CAAACCAUUUGAAUGUUUCGUAAACUGAACAGGGGUUCAACUGUCAUAUUUUUCUUAAGGUACACAGAUCAUUUGUAGCACAUCCGAGUAGGGAGUAGAUGACACCUUUAUCAAAGCACCAUUCAUCCCCUUUUAUCUUUGAAGCAGCUGCAUGUGGAUGUAAAGAGUAAAAUGCCCAUCUAUUAUCCAUUGCUAAGGAUCAAUGAGUUACUUUCCUUGAGAUAGCUUACAUCCUCUUCAUCUGCUUUCCUUUUCUCCUCCUACUUUAUAUUAUAAUACCUUUUUACUUCACUAGGCAUAUUUAAAUCUCAAACAACAGCUCCUGGGUUUGUUCUCUGCCGGAAAGAUGAACUACAACAACAAUUAUAACACAGAAUUUGAGUUGUCAGAAAUUGUUAAGGAUCCGUAUACAUAUCAAAAGAAUGAUAAUGAUGAUAAACAUAAUGAUGACAGCCUAAGAAUACCUCACACAGAUCCAGCAAAUCCGUUCGCCUUUACAUCAGAGCAACUAGUAGCUGUUGUCGAACAAAAACGAUUGGAUUUUAUCCAUCAGAUGGGAGGCCUACAUGGGCUGGCCAAAGGUCUUCAUUCCAAUAUCAAGAAAGGUAUUGCAUGGAGUGAAAACAGCCUAAGUUACAUACGAAUGUACGAUCUUCAGCAACAUGAAUCAAAAGAAAGAACAUUGAAGGAAGAAUAUUAUGACAGCCAUUUGCCUCUUUCUCUACAUGAUUCAGAAACUUUCGUUCAGCGAAGAAAGGUGUUUGGAUCCAACAUUCUACCUAUAAUAGAAGAAGUUACUUUACUUCAACUGAUGUGGCAAGCAUUUCAGGAUAAGAUUCUUAUACUCUUAACAGUAUCCGCGUUGAUCUCUUUGACCGUAGGAAUAUACGAGGACUCGACAAGGAUUGAGUACGAUUCAGCAGGAAAUCGAAUACCAGGCGUGCGAUGGGUAGAAGGCGUAGCCAUUAUCUUGGCCGUCAUUUUGGUGGUUUCUGUGGGAAGUGUUAAUGAUUAUCAAAAAGAAAAACAAUUUCGAAGCUUGAAUUCAAAGAAAGAUGACAGACAAGUUUCGGCUAUACGCUCAGGCAAGAACAUCUUUUUAUCAGUAUAUGAUGUUCAAGUCGGCGACAUUCUUAAACUCGAACCAGGUGAAAUUAUAUGUGCUGAUGGAAUUUUCAUAGAGGGCCACAACGUGAAAUGCGAUGAGUCAGCAUCGACUGGAGAAUCGGAAGCCGUGCGGAAAGCAUCAUGGCAAGAAUGUUACCAAGAAAUGAGUAAAAGGACAACAACAAUAACAUCGAUUGAAGAUGAAGAAGAAGCCAGAGUAGAUCCGUUUCUCAUAUCAGGCUCUAAAGUGCUGGAGGGUGUGUGCACUUAUCUUGUAACAGCAGUUGGACCCAAUUCAUGGCACGGACGCACAAUGAUGACUUUACGCACAAAGAAUGACAGUACACCACUUCAAAAAAAGUUGGACGUUUUAGCCACAAGCAUUGCUAAAUGUGGGUUGACUGCAGCAGCCAUCUUACUCUCUGUAUUAACCAUACGCUCCAUUGUAAGUUAUGCGACAGGUCAACUGACGACAGUUCCUACCGAAAUCGUAUCCCAUAUAAUGCAAAUUUUGAUCACGACAAUUACCGUCAUCGUCGUUGCUGUGCCUGAAGGUUUGCCUCUGGCUGUAACUUUAGCUCUAGCUUACGCAACAAAAAGAAUGUUAAAGGACAACAAUCUUGUUCGCAUCCUCGCCGCUUGUGAAACUAUGGGCAACGCGACAACCAUAUGCUCAGAUAAGACAGGCACAUUGACUCAGAACAAGAUGGCUGUUGUUGCGGGUACGAUUGGGUCUUCUUUGCGCUUUCUGAAAGAUCCACCCUUAUCACGAUUUGACCUUAUUGACGCUCAAUAUCUGAGAGAAAGGAUGCCUGUGCCUAUCAGAAAUUUUUUGAAUCAAGCCAUCGUUGUAAAUUCAACUGCCUCCUUAAAUACCAAUGCCAUGGGCGAUGUAUCUUUGGUUGGCAAUAAGACAGAAACAGCACUGCUCCAAUUUGCAGACGAUUAUUUGGGUUGCGAGCCUUUCGAAUGGCUGAGGUCAUCUUGGCAUGUUGAAGCUGUGUUUCCUUUUAACUCUGCACAAAAAGCAAUGGCAACUGUUUUGCGCAUCCCACAUGAGAACGGGCGAUUCUUUUAUCGUGUGCAUCUGAAAGGCGCUUCUGAAGUCCUUCUGAAUCACUGCAGUCACAUUGUAUCCCUACACGAUCCUCUCUACGACAGUUGCGACUACUAUAAUAAUGUAGAUGAUUACAAUGUACAGACACGUGUAAUGACAGGCGCUAAUAGGGAGCGAUUAAACCAGAUCAUACAAAGUUAUGCUACACGCUGCUUGAGAACAAUCACUUUGUGCUACCAAGAUUUUCAGGAGUGGCCAUCUUCUGCAGCAUUGCACCAAAUAAUGGAACUGGAUCAACUCACUUUUCUGUGCAUCGUAGGAAUUGAAGAUGCGCUGCGGCCAGGUGUUACAAAUGCUGUUGCUGCGUGUCAAAACGCAGGUGUGGUGGUAAGAAUGGUGACAGGUGACAAUAUGCUGACAGCGAAAAGUAUCGCACGACAAUGUGGUAUAUAUACACAGGGGGCUAUAGCUAUGGACGGACCAACCUUCCGUAAAUUAAAACCAUCGGAAAGAGACAGAAUACUACCUCGGUUACGAGUGUUAGCAAGAUCAAGUCCUGAAGAUAAGCGGCUAUUGGUAAACGCAUUGCAGGGUAAUGGAGAUAUUGUUGCCGUGACAGGAGAUGGUACAAACGAUGGGCCUGCGCUCAAAGCUGCAGAUGUGGGGUUCAGCAUGGGCCUCUCAGGGACAGAAGUUGCAAAGGAAGCGUCCAGCAUUAUUUUGAUGGAUGAUAAUUUCUCAAGCAUAGUGCAUGCGAUUUCGUGGGGCAGGUGUGUAAAUGAUUCUGUGAAGAAAUUCCUUCAGUUUCAGUUGACGAUCAAUAUCACGGCUGUUCUUCUUACUGUCAUAUCUGCCAUUGUAAGCGAAAAGCAAACCUCCAUUCUGUCAGCCGUGCAACUUCUCUGGGUCAAUUUGAUUAUGGAUACUUUUGCAGCAUUAGCAUUAGCAACCGACGCACCUUCGUUAGACUUGUUGAAUAGGCUACCGGAACAAAGAACAGCUCCGCUCAUUGAUAUAUGCAUGUGGAAAAUGAUUGUUUUUGAGUCCUUUUAUCAAUUGGGUGUCAUUUUAACUCUUUUAUAUACUGAUGUAUUACAUCUUGCCAAUAACACAGCAAAAUCACAAACAGUUAUUUUUACAACCUUUGUUUUCUGCCAAAUUUUCAAUGAAGUCAACUGUAGGAGGAUAGACAAUAAAUUGAAUAUUUUUAAGGGAGUGAAGCACAACAAGUUCUUUAUUCUCAUUUUUAGCUUGAGUGUCACAGGUCAAAUCUUAAUCGUGCAAUAUGGUGGUGCCGCAUUUCAAACUGUACCUUUAAACGCUAGUAUGUGGGCUUUCUGUUUGAUGAUUGGACUAUUGUCCAUCCCUAUCGGAGCACUAACAAGAUUAAUACCAGACAGUUUCUUUGUUUCAGUUUUCAUGAGGCCUUUAAAAAAAUAUACGAACCAACCAUAAUAAAAAUUCCAAGACGAUACCAGGAGAGCUUUGACCAUAAAAAGAGUUUCUAUAAAAAAGCAAUGAAAAUGAUGGAGGAGAUGAAGAAUGUUAUUGCACUAUUUGAUUGCAAUCAACCGUUUUUUCUCUGAUUUUAGACAAUUUUCUACGUCAC